UUGCUGUCCGUGCAACCAGCAACGCGCUUACCUCCAUUAUUGAAAAGGUUGCAAGGUGCUGCUGGACGAGCAAGCAACCCAGAUCCAUCAUCGUCGCCGACGAGCGAGUCCUCUUCGCCGCCGACGAGCAAGCGACCCAGAUCCACCAUCGUCUUCUCCAGCCUCAGGAGAUAGCCGCAUCAUGGAUAUUAAACUCGUGGAGAUCGAAGCCAUCACAAACAACUUUGCAGAGGAACAGAAAGUUGGCAGCGGUGGGUACGGAGAUGUUUACAGGGCCACUCACAAAGGAGAGGAAGUUGCCGUGAAGAAGCUCCAUCAACUGCAGGGACUCGAUGAUAAGCAAUUCGACAGCGAGUUCCGUAACCUUCGUAACAUACGCCACCAAAAUGUUGUGCGGCUAAUUGGCUACUGCCACGAGUCUCGCAAGAAAUACAUGGAGCACAAGGGGGAGCUUAUCUUCGCUAAAGAGAUGGAGCGCGUGCUCUGCUUCGAAUAUAUGCACGGCGGAAGCCUCGAUAAACAUAUUACAGAUGAAUCUUGUGAGCUUGAUUGGCCGACGUGUUACAAAAUCAUCAAAGGGACUUGUGAGGGCUUACAUCACCUUCACACCUCGCAGGGGAAGCCUAUUUUACAUCUAGACUUAAAACCAGCCAACAUAUUGCUGGAUAAGAGCAUGACGCCUAAAAUCGCGGAUCUUGGUUUGUCCAAACUUGUUUCUUCGACAUUAACACAUAAAACAGAGAUUGUCAAAGGGACACAAGGGUACAUGCCACCAGAGUAUGUAGACAAUGGCUACAUAUCGAACAAGUUUGACGUGUUUAGUUUUGGCGUCGUAAUUAUAAAAAUGGUGGCCGGUAAUGUGGGCUACUUCCGUUGUGCUGAAAUGUCUCACAAAGAGUUUAUUGAGCAGGUAACUAAAAACUGGGCGAAAAGGUUGCUGGCAGAGCCUGGGUAUUCCUCGCACAAAACCGACAUCCUAGGAGUCACUAGAUGUGUUGAAAUUGCAUUAAAAUGUGUGGACAAGGACCGAAACAAAAGGCCGUGUAUUAAGGAUGUUGUCCAUGAGCUGGAGGAACUAGAAGCUGAGAUCAAGAAAAUGUCCCUAUCUUCUGACCAGUCAAAAGGCCUAAGUCUGCAGAGAAGCUGUGACACCAACAUUCUCUCGGUGGAUCCGACCCUCGAGCUGCGGUUCGUCUUUGAGCACAGGAAGGAGGCGUCGUGCUGUCUGCAGAUGACCAACAAGACGGGUGGCUUCAUUGCAUUCAACAUAUUGAUGAACAAGAGCAAGUACAGUGUGCGGCCAAGCCAAGGGACCAUGCCGCCAUGCUCCAGGCGUUAUGUUGUCGUGACACUGUCAGCGCAAGAGGCGGCGCCGCAAUACAUGCGGUGUGACGACAUGCUCCUGGUGCAGAGCACCAGCAUCACCCAGGAUCUUGGUGAGAUCAAUUAUCAAGAAUUGUUCGACAUGGCCAGGGCGGAUAAGGUGGUUGAUGUGGUGCAUCUGCCAAUUGUUUAUGUCACGUUAGAAGAGUAGUCUCCUCCACCAGGAACUGAGAAUAGCUCUGGUUGUAAAGCGCCAUGUUGGUAGGUUCAGUCAGUGCUUGAGUUGUUGUUUGAGAAAGGGUGUUCUUUCUUAGGUCUAGUUGAUCGUCUGUUCUUCGAUUGUUUGAGAAAGGAGUCAUACGGAUCUUUCCGUAAACAGGUGGAAUAAUAGAACACCUGGAAGUGAAGUAUAUAAAUAGGUACCUACGCUCUA